ACCGCGCACCGAACAAAAGCAGUGCCAGUGCUGACAGUAACGAUAACUUUGUCCUGUAGGCUUGUCUUAGCUGCUCCAUACUAAAAAACACUCUAGGAGUGAGCGCAAUGACUUCGCGUCGUGGUGUCUGUUGUUUUAACGAAGCCAGAAGAGUGGCUAUUUUUGGGGGGACGCAUGGAAACGAGAUGUCAGGCAUUAUGCUUGUAAAUAUGUGGUUAAAGAAUGGAGCGGAGAUUCAAAGAAGCGGAGUGAUGACGAAACCUUUCAUUACAAACCCCAGGGCUGUCGAGAAGUGCACUAGAUAUGUCGACACCGAUUUGAACAGAGCAUUCACACCAGAAAACCUCAGUGCACCCUGUGCUGGUGAGCUGCCCUAUGAAGUGCGCAGGGCGCAGGAGAUAAAUAAGACGUUUGGCCCCAAAGGCUCAGCAGAUGCUUAUGAUGUAAUCUUCGACCUCCACAACACCACGUCCAACAUGGGCAGCACUCUCAUUCUGGAGAGUUCGUCGGACCACUUCGCUCUCCAGAUGGUGCAUUACAUUAAGAAAGCCAUCGCUCCAGCAAGUUGUCCGGUACUGUUGAAUGAACACCCACUGCUUAAGUAUUCAACCUCACGCUCUGUAGCCAAGCACCCCAUUGGUCUCGAGGUUGGCCCUCAGCCUCAGGGUGUGUUAAGAAGCAACAUAUUUGAGUCCAUGAGGGUGAUCAUGAAGCAUGCUCUCGAUUUCAUUGAGCUGUUCAACAACGGUGUGGAGUUUCCUCCCUGCAGUGUGGACGUGUUCAGGGUUCAGGAGAGGAUGGACUACCCCAGAGACACUAACGGCAACAUCACUGCCAUGGUGCACCCAGAUCUGCAGGACUGUGACUGGGAGCCACUGAACCCUGGUGAUCCCAUGUUCCAGACAUUUGAUGGCAGGACCAUCCCUUACGAAGGCUCCAGCCCAGUCUAUCCCACGUUUAUCAACGAAGCCGCCUAUUAUGAGAAACAGCAGGCUUUUGUGACAACUCGACGAGAGACGUUAGCUGGCCAAGCCAUCAGGAAAAUAGAACAGUAACGCCUCAGAAGUCACAUAGGUGUAGAAGGUACUGUUAGUUAACCCUAAAACUCAGAGAACUGUCCAUGAAACAGAAUAAUGCCGCACUUUUGCACCAAUUUGCAGUUUAUACAAAGAAAUGCUUUUACACAAAUAUGCUUAGUUUGAGAAUAAAGUUUUUAACAAAAUAUUUUAGAGUUACGAAAACAUUGAUUCAACUAUGCAGAUGAAUUCCACAAAUGUGGAGCUUAUUAUGUGAAAUACUAUUUUUGAAACUUUUUUGUGAUAUUACUGUCAAAACCUUUCCCAGCAGUAAGGUAGUUAUAGAUAUAUUUUAGGGAAUAAACAAGAUUUAUAUGUUUAAACUGUAAUCAUUUAUGUAUUUAUCUGCUUGACAAAAUAUUCGUAUGUACUGUGCAUAUUCAGAACAACUAAUAGUCUCCUCUUUUACUACUCAGGAAUAACAGACAAUUAGAGGCAGAGCAACAUAAACUCAGAUGACUGUAUCACACUUUAUAGUAACCUCACUUUGAUAUGUUCACAUUUCAUAAUGACUUUAAAUAGCCUUAAACUCUUAAGAUAACCUCCACACACUCUUAAGAUGACUCCACUGGUGCUUCCCUGUGCUCGCCUUAACAAAUCUGUAAUGGGGGAUUAAAAAAUAUAUAUAAUAUAAAAAGAAAGGAUUGAGCUCAGUAGACGCGCGUGCAAUAUGUGCUACCACUGCAUAUUUAGUGAUAAGGUACUGUCCUUGUUUUAUUUAAUGGUUGUAAAUUAAGUAAUCAAGUGUGUGUUGUGGUGAAUGUUGAAAUGUGGAGAUGAUUUAAAUAUGGGCCAUAAUGUUAUACACUUGGUAUGAGUUUACUGUUACUGUAUUGAUGAUGGUAAAUCUUUAAAAAUCAUUGUGGUUUGGUGUUUGUAUGUUGAGCCUUUUCUGGUGAUUAAGAGUUGUAGUGUAGUUCAUUUUUAAGUUCAAAAGCUAUGCAAUAUUUUAUAUGUUGAUGCUUAAACUAUUUGAUUCUGUUUGAUUGUCCUAGAUAAGAUGAGUAUGUGAUGUUUUCAUAACACCAUCCUUUGAAGUUGAUCAAUUGUUAUAUCUGCCCUUAUAGAAAUAAUCUGAGCAUCUUGUGAGUCUUAAAUCGUUUUAUGUGGAGAGAGAUUUCUUCUGACGUAUCCUCUAGAUUUUUAAAGUUGCUUCAAAAUUAAAAAGUGAAACUUUAUGAACACUUA